AUGAGACCCAAGAAGAAAGCGGGCACAUUAUCGAACGCGCCCCGACAACCCAAGAGCGCCUUCGAUACCCGUCUGCCUUCACAGGAUGGGCUUCCAGCGCGCGUGGUCUUCGACGCCAAGAAGCUGCUCGCCCUUCAGAUGGGCUUGGAGUUUGAUAAUUCGAGCGAGAAGGUCGAAGCAGUCGAUUCGCAGGCAGGUCGUGUUGCCCUUUUGAUACACGAGGCCGACACCCAUCAUGAGCCCGCCACGUCCCCUACCGUCAGCAACGACGAGGUCAUUGCCCUUCCUGACAAGAGCAUCCACGAGACCUUCAGCUUCGAGUCAGCGGCGAGAGACAUGACCACACUGGCCACUGGCUUGAUGCAGGAUUUCAAGCCAGGAACCGCGAUAGUUCAUUCACAAGCGAUGGAGGAGGACAGAGACGCGUUCAGGGACACUUUCGAGAUGGCCAUGGGACACGCGGCAGGUCUGGUCUAUAUCCGCGAAGACUUCCAAGAGAGGGACAAGUUCCGCCCCAGCCCCAAUCUCGAGACCGUCUUGCGACCGUGGCAGCAGGAGGGCGCCGAGCUGCUGAGCCACAUGCUCAAUGGACCUCUACGAGUCGCGGUCCUAGGUGAUGGAGUGGGACUGGGCAAAACCUUGACCAGCAUCAAUGUCGCUUUACGCGACCCAAACGAACCAUACGAAGGACCGAUUCUAGUUGUAGCGCCCAAGGCCGUUCAGUCCACGUGGUUGGACGAACUCUCCUUUCACUUCCGACAGCUCAAGGGGCCAAAGGUAUUUGUUCUCAAGGGCAGGAAUGUCUCUGCGGCCGAGAUUUCCGGCAACGAACACGACUUUAUUAUUGUCGGAUUGGAACCAGCCUAA